GUUACUAGGAUUCCAUCACUACGUGACUGCUGGUCAGCAAACCUGGGAAACCCGCAGAUCAUUGGAACUAUGCCGCGUAACCGCUUCCAAGACAUCAUGCAACACCUACGCUUUGAUGACAGGUCCACCCGCAGUGAUCGAGCAAAGACUGAUAAGUUCGCUGCAAUUUCCAGUGUGUGGGGAUCAUUUGUCACCAACUGCAUCACGUGCUACAACCCUGGUCUACAUAUCACCGUUGAUGAACAGCUCUUCCCAUCAAAGACUCGGUGCUGUUUCCUGCAGUAUAUUGCAAGUAAACCUGACAAGUUUGGGAUCAAGUUUUGGGUGGCCUGCGACCUAAAAUCCAAGUACAUUUGCAAUGUCCUCCCAUAUCUUGGCAAGGACCCCAAUCGUCCCAGUGGGGAGAGACUGUCUGAAAAUGUAGUGAUGAGGCUGAUGGAACCAUUCCUAGACAAGGGCAGAAAUGUUACCACGGACAAUUUCUUCACAUCGCUUUCACUUGCACAAAAACUUCUUAGACGGAAAACCACCAUCCUCGGCACAGUCAACAAGAUUCGCCGGGAAAUUCCUCAAUCCGCUAGAUACAAAGAUCGCAAUGAAUUCACCACUCAGGUGUUUUCAACCUCUGCUGCCACGCUGACGGCGUAUGCGGCCAAACGGAAGAAGACAGUCUAUAUUCUUAGCAGCAUGCACAGCGUGGUUCAGACUGAUAACACCACCAAAAGGAAGCCAAACACUGUCACCCUUUACAACACCACAAAGUGUGGCGUGGAUGUGAUGGACCAGAUGGUGCGGGAGUACAUGGUCCGCAGAGGAACACGGCGCUGGCCAGUUGCCGUGUUCUAUAACAUGAUUGACAUGGCAGCACUGAAUGCACAUGUGCUGUAUCAAGCAUGCACCGGGACGCAGGAAAGACUUCCUGGUGGAGCUUGCAAGAGAGUUGGCUAA